AUAUGAGUCUCCAGAGGAAACUCACAGAGGCAGUGGUUUCCCCUGCCCUGUAUUUCGAGACGCGGGAUACCAUACUGUGAGGCAUGACCUCUGACUUCCUUCGUGACUGUCCUCCGUGGCUGAGGGGCCAGAUGCACAAGUAGAAGGAACAUGAAAACUAGUAUGACUUCCACAAGACAUGAAGGCACAGGCAGUGCUGUCUAUCAUCCUCAUUCUUGUACCAUCGCUAAGUGGAUUUCAUGAUACAUUCCUUUUAGCUUCCCCCAGUCUUGUUACUACUGAGGAAGAGCAAAUAGUCAUUGGAAGACUUGGUGAAGAUAUAAUUCUCCCUUGCUCAUUUGAAAGUGAGCCUGAAGUCGUAAUUCACUGGAAGAAUCAAGAUAAGUAUGCUUACUCAUACUACAAGGGCAGGGACUAUUUGGAAAAUCAAGAUCACAAAUACACAAACAGGACAUCCCUCUUCCAUAGUGAAAUUCACAAUGGGAAUGCCUCUUUAUCUUUAAGAAGAUUAAGCCUUCUGGAUGAAGGAAUUUAUGUAUGCUAUGUGGGAACAACAUCUAGAAAAAUCAUAAAUAAAGUGGUGCUAAAGGUGGGAGCUUUUGUCACACCUGUGAUGAAGUAUGAAAAGAGGAACAUAGACAGCUUCUUAAUAUGCAGCGUGUUAAGUUAUCCUCAUCCACUUAUCACAUGGAAAACGGACAAUACGUCCAUCUCUGAAAGCAAUAUGGGAGAAAUUGAAUCUUUGGGUCCUUUUUAUGUUUACAGCAUGAUAAAUAUUACAGGAUCAAAUUUAUCUUAUGAAUGUGCUAUUGAAAACUCAUUACUGAAACAAACAUGGACAGGGGGAUGGACAAUGAAAGAUGACCUUCAUAAAAUGCAAAGUGAAAAUUUUUCACUCUCAUGUGCAUUUACAAACAGUAUUUUUUUACUGGAUCAAGACUUCAUAGUCACUUGGUACAACAUGGAAAAAGAGACUUCCUCCAUCCUGGCUUUCUUUCUGAGCUCCUCACGAAAUGCAACUAUCUAUGAACCCCGAGUCUCCUGGAACAAAGAGCAGAUAAACCAGAGUGACUUUUCCUUGACUUUGAAGGAUCUUAGUCUUUCAGACAGUGGGGAAUACUUAUGCAAUAUUUCUUCAAGUAAAUAUACUUUGCUCACCAUCCAAACACUGCAUGUAGUAGAACAGAGUCAAAGCAGAACCGCCUGGAUAAUUACUCUGCCUUUGGUGAUUUUGGGUUUCCUGGCAAUUGGCAUAUUCUGUAUGUUAAAAAGACACAACUGUUCCAGGAGAGAAAGGUCUUCUGAGAGGGCCAACACAGCUAAUGCAGAGGAAAGCAAGGCUCUUUCAGAACACCCAGCCGGUACAGAAAAUUAAGACAGUUCUGUGUCAACACCUGAUGAGCACCCUUAAUACCCAGUGACUUCGCUUCCCCCUUUCUUCACUGCAAUUCCUGCUGUGGCUUGUCAGGGCCUAAUAAUUCUACCUUUGGAAAGACUUGCAACCAUUGUUUUUCCCACUAUCACAUUUACUCAUCAAGUCCUAACAUGCCUGGAUGCCAAUUCCAACUUAGAAAAGAACUGUUUCAUUCAGUGACAUUCCUGCUGCAGUCAGACCAGGAGGCCACACUGAGGUUCCCAUCAAGAUCAUAGAGGAAAUGUAUCACUAAGUGCUGAUUCAAAAUCUGAUCAACUAAUGAUGGGUGAGAGAGCACAUAGAAGCAGGAAUCACUUUAGUGAAAAGGUGAAAAACCAGGGCAAUUGAUAUGGUAAAGUACUGUACUCCAGUUUUAUAUGCAUAGUUAAUAUCAGUUUAACCAACUAGAUUUAAUAUGGUGAGUCUUAGGGACUCCAAAGUGUAAAUGUCAGUAUCUCCAAGAUUGCCUAGAGCAAAGGGCCCUAUCAAGUCAAGAACUGACAUCUCUGGGGGUUGGGUUAUACCUUCCAACACCAGGUUUGCAUAGCUGAGUGACAUUAGCUAUGAAGAUAAGUUGAUUCACUCUUCCGACUCGGUUGUCAUAUUGUUAAUCAGCCUUAUAAUAAAUUUAGAUUUCCACAUAUACUUUUACCCAAAGAAUGCACAGCCCAGCUGAUUUGAUGAUCUCUUCCCUUUAUUUUAAUCAAUUUAUAAGAAAGAAAAAUUCUGACCAGGAUUUUAGUGACUUCGGU